AUGCGUGCCGACUGGGCGCUCGGACCCUUCCGAGGCUUGCAGGGCUUUGAUGAGUGUGGUACGCAAGUGGGGAGCGGCGUGCUGAGCUCCUGCAGGCAAGUGCAGCAGCCUCCAGACGGCCUGGCAGCCCACCCCGCUGUAGGGCUGUGUGGUGGCGAGCGCCGCCAGUUGGCGGCAGCCGCCGCCCUCAGCUUCAGCGGCAGCGCCGGCGGCUGGUCCUGUGUGCUGAUGACGGGGCGCGGCGGGAGCAGCACCCAGUCAGCAGGUGGCCGUGGCAAGCACGCCGGCGCCGGCCAGGCCCAGUCCGCCGGCGGCGCCAGCAGCGGCGGCGGCGCCACGCGCAGCGACGCGGGCGCCGAGCCUGCAGCCGCAGCCAAGUUGCCCACCGAGGUGUUUGCUGACCUUGUCGCCGCCAUGGCCGCCCGCAAGGGCGGGGGCGCAGACCCGGCGCCCGCGCCGCCCACGGCACAAGCGGGGCAGGCACAGCAGCCGCAGGGGAGGCAGAAUGGGAUGGCGGCAGCCGGCGCGGACGGCCAGCGGGGGCAGCACGCGGCGGGGAGCCGCGACGCCGUCAAGGUAGUGCACGCCGGCGGCGGCGCGGCGGCCGCGGCGCCGCCGGGUGGACCCUUUGCGCCGCACCUGGGCGCCGUGGCCGGCGCGCUGCGCGACCGGCCGGGCAGCGUGCUGGCCGCCGCGCUGCUGCUGCACGGCGCGCUGGCGGCGGCGGAGCCUGCGGGGCCGGGCAGCGGCCACGUGCUGGCCUGGCGCCUCACCUCCACCUUCCUGCGCGCCCUGCUUGCGCCGCCCCUGGUGCACCGCCUCAGCCUGAGCGCCCGCGCAUACUCGGCCAUCGCGGUGGCGGCCGCAGCGCAGCGCCGCAGCGCCACGGCGCGGCACACGGCACCGGCGCCGCAGCAGCAGCAGCCCGUGGCGCAGGCGCAGCCCGUGCAGGCUGAUGGGCGGCCGCCGGCGGCCGCGCCGCCGCCGCCCUACCACCACCACCCGCCGCCGGCGCAGCACGGCGGCGGCGGCGAGGGGGUGGGGCAGGGGCUGGUGGGCGCGGCGCGUCGCAAGAGCAGCAAGCCGCGCAGCACGCACGACACGCUGGCGGCGGCGCCGCCGCCCGCGGCGGCGGCGGCCAGCAGCGGCGGGCGCGACCUGCUGGCGCCGCCCGCCGCCGUGGGCGUGGGCCGCUCCCUGCGCCCCCGCCGCCGCUACAACGGCUCCUCCGACCGGGACGGAGAGCACAGCGGCGGUACGGCGAGGGCCCACGCGGCGGCGCCCCGCGGCCGCCGCCCCAGCCCGCACCUCGUCUCGCUGGCAGACCUGCUGCUGCCGGCGGAGCCGCUGCCGCGCUGGGGCAGGCAGCGGUCGCGGCGCGGCAGCAGCCUGAGCCCGCGCGGCACGCUGGCCUCGCUGUCGCUCAACCAGGAGGGCUCGCUGGAGGUGGAAGGCGACGGGCUGGCUGCGCUGGGAGCGCUGGCCAUGCGCGUGUCAGACCACGAGCAGCAGAAGGCGGUGGCACGCCAGCUGGGCGGCCCGCUGGCAGCAGAGAACGAGCGGCUGCGCAGGCAGCUGCGCGACACGCGGGACCAGCAGGCACGGCUGGAGUCGCGGACGCGGCACCUGCAGCAGCAGCUGACCUCGGCGGCGGCGGGCGCCGCCGCGCGCGGCGUGCGGCAGCGCGGCGGCGAGGCGCUGGACCGGGAGCGGCUGGCGGACCAGCAGGCGCUGCUGGCUGUGGAGGCGAGGCGGGUGCUGGAGGAGCAGCAGGCGCUGGAGCAGGACAGGAAGGAGGGCGCGCUGCAGGCGCUGGCGGGCCCCAAGCCAGCUUUCGGCGGCGGGCCCGGCUGGCCGCAGCAGCCGGGGCCGCGCAUGCUGCAGCAGCAGGGCGCGGCCGCGUUUGGCGGCGUGCAGUGGCCGGCGCUCGCGCGGUGGCCGCCGCCGCCGAAGCCGCAGUACCAGCCGCAGUACCAGCAGUACCAGCAGUACCAGCAGCAGCCGGCGCAGCAGCCGGACUGGCGCCGCCCUGCGCUGCCGCCCCAGCCGCCGCCGCCGCUGGUCGUGUCGCGGCCGGCGGGGGCGGCGCCGGCGGCGGCGGCGCCGCGGCCCGGCGCCGCCACCGCCAUUGCGGCAGCUGCGCAGCAGCUGACGCAGGCGUUGGCGCAGGUGAACCAGCAGCAGCCGGGCAACCCUAAGGUCCAGGAGAUGAUGUCGCAGCUGCAAGGGCUGCUGCGGGGGCAGCUCCCGGCGCCGGCGGCGGCGCCGACGCAGCCCGCCGCGCCGACGCAGCCUCCGCAGCCUGCGCAGCCUGCGCAGCACGUGCCUCAGCCUCAGCCCGCAGCGCAGCCUGUGCCGCAGCCCUUACCUCAGCCCGUACCGCAGCCCGCACCGCAGCCUGCGCCCCAGCCCGCGCCCCAGCCAGCCCCGCAGCCAGCCCCGCAGCAGGCGCAGCAGGCGCAGCCGCAGGUGCAGGUGGUUGUGCAGCAGGUGCACCCUGCGCCGGAGGUGGCCGCGCUGCAGACCCUGCUGGGCAGCGGCAAGGUGUCUGUGGAGGGGGUGGCCGGCGUGCUGGCCCAGCUGCUGACCUCUGGCAGCAGCCAGCAGCAGCAGCAGGUGGCUGCGCUGCUGGCCCGCCUGGCCAAGCCGGCCGCGAAGCAGGCGCCGCAGCAGGCGCCGCAGCAGGCGCAGCAGGCACCGCAACAAGCGCAGCAGCAGGCGCCACGACAAGCGCAGCAGCAGCCGCAGCAGCAGCAGGCGCCACGACAACCGCAGCAGCAGCCGCAGCAGCAGGCGCCGCAACAAGCACAGCGGCAGCCGCCGCCGCAGCAGGCGCCGCAGCAAGCACAGCGGCAGCCGCAGCAGCAGCAGGCGCAGCGGCAGGCGCAGGCGGCGCAGGCGCAGGCCGCCCCUGCCGGGGUCAACCUGGAGGGCCACCCCACAGUGAAGCAGUUCCUGGAUGCAGCUGCCCAGAAGUUGGCUGCCAACAGGCAGCGCCAGGAGCAGCGGCAGCAGCAGCAGCACCAGCAGCCAGGCUCCGCCGCUCCCGCCGCCGCCGCGGGCGGCCAGCAGCCGCAGCAGCAGCAGCAGGCGGAGGGCGGCUCCGCCCACUCGCUGCCUGCCUCCAUCCAGGCCCAGCUGGCCCAACUGCCGGCCGAUGUGCGGCCCCUUCUGGAGUCGUCUCUGGGCAAGCUGUGCCGCGACAUCCAGCACGGCAAGCUGGACCUGCAGCAGCUGUCUUACACGGCAGCCGUGAUGGCGGCCUUCACGGCCACGAUCCUGGCUGGCAGCAAGCGCAAGGCUCCCGAGGCUGCGGCGGCCGGCGCCGCGCCGCCCGCCGCGGCCGCCCCCGGCAGCCAGCAGCCCGCCGCCAAGCAGGCGCGCACGCAGGGGCCGGCCGCCAACGGCGGCGCCGCCGCGCCGCCGGCCGCCGCCAUGGAUGUGGAUGGCGGCGGGCCAGCCCCAGCAGCCGAUGUGGGUGUGAAGCGGGAAGAGGCGGCGCCCGCCCCACCGGUGUACCACCAGCGCCCUCAGUGGCCAUAUGUGUAG